UGGCGGGAGCGGCGGCGGCGCGGCCCGGCCCGGCCCGGCCCAUCCGGCCCCAUCCGCGCCCGCCGCCGCCCGCCUGACCUCCCGCUCUGUUCCAGCAAAUGGCGGACGACGCCGGUGCUGCGGGAGGAGCGGGAGCGGCCCGCGGGGGCUUCCGCGGUGGAUUCGGGACCGGGCUGCGGGGCCGCGGGCGCGGCCGCGGGAGGGGCCGCGGGAGAGGCCGCGGAGCCCGCGGAGGGAAAGCCGAGGACAAGGAGUGGAUUCCUGUCACCAAACUCGGUCGCCUGGUCAAAGAUAUGAAGAUCAAGUCUCUGGAGGAGAUUUAUCUGUUCUCGCUUCCCAUCAAGGAGUCGGAGAUCAUCGAUUUCUUCCUGGGCUCCUCGCUGAAGGAUGAGGUGCUGAAGAUCAUGCCUGUGCAGAAGCAGACCCGUGCUGGGCAGCGCACCAGGUUCAAGGCCUUCGUCGCCAUCGGGGACUACAACGGCCACGUGGGGCUGGGCGUGAAGUGCUCCAAGGAGGUGGCCACGGCCAUCCGCGGGGCCAUCAUCCUGGCCAAGCUGUCCAUCGUGCCCGUGCGCCGCGGCUACUGGGGCAACAAGAUCGGCAAGCCGCACACGGUGCCCUGCAAGGUCACCGGGCGCUGCGGCUCCGUGCUGGUGCGCCUGAUCCCGGCGCCCCGCGGCACCGGCAUCGUGUCCGCCCCCGUGCCCAAGAAGCUGCUGAUGAUGGCUGGCAUCGAUGACUGCUACACGUCGGCGCGGGGCUGCACGGCCACGCUCGGCAACUUCGCUAAAGCCACCUUCGAUGCCAUCUCCAAAACCUACAGCUACCUGACUCCUGACCUCUGGAAGGAGACUGUCUUCACCAAGUCUCCCUACCAGGAGUUCACUGAUCACCUGGCCAAGACCCACACCAGAGUGUCGGUGCAGAGGACCCAGGCAGCCGCUGUGGCCACCACCUGAGGGGUUUUGUAGGAGAAUAAAGUGAUCAGAGAACCAGGAA